CUUUUCUUGAACUUUUUGUUUAAAGAAAUUUCAACUCUAAUCAAAUAAAGGGGAAACAGGGAACAGAACAGCCAUUAUUGGCUUUAUCGCCAAAUUCUUUCCUCCACUAUCUUUCUUCUUCUCUCCAAUUUCUCAAUCCCUUUUCCCUUAUUCCCUCCUUCUUGUUGUUCUAAUAAAUUCCAUCUCAUUUUCAUUUCUUAUAGCUUUUUAUAAUUGGCAAAGCAAAACUUGGUUCACUUUGUACUGCAUCCCAUUCCUUCUUUUACAAUUCAACAUUUUUACAUUUCCUUUGCUUUCUCUCUCUCGUUCUUUCUUUCGUUUUCAGUCCCUUGCAUUCAAGGACUUGGCUUUUAUUCUUCUAAGUCAUAUGCUGUUUCUGUUGUUCAAAGACUGAUCACAUAAAAGUGGUUGUGGCCCUCUUCUUCUUCUGUCUGUCUUCUUCUGGAGAUUGUUUCCAGUUAGUUUAUUUUGACAAUCUUUUAUCUUGUAGGAGUCUGAAUUUUUCAUUGCUUAUACCUAGCUAUGCCUAUGGUGACUCCAGAAAACUCAUGGUUUGGGGAAACCAGUAGAUAUGGAAGAUCAAGAAACCUUAAUCUCAAUCACAGCCAGAAUCAAAGAGAACCCAUCUCAGAAACAGAUCGAAUCCCUUCAAUUCUCAACUCAAAAUCAACCAUUUCUUCAUUGCUUUUCCCCACAGCUGAAAAUCCCACUACCCAGAAUAAAAAGAAGAACUUUUCAUCCGCAUCAUUUAGGGGAUUGGGAUGUACUGCAUCAUCACAAGUCUCGGUUCCUGCUGUUAUAAGAACCUCUGCUGAUUGGGAGACCAAGAAAGUGAAGAAGAAAAAGCAGAACAGCAAGAAAAACCAAGGCCUCCUAAAUGCACCUCCAACAGCUGUGGCAAUGGGUGGGAUAACAGCUUCUUCUUCUUCUUCUUCAGCAACGACGUCUGUACCUAGUACCAAUAAUGGCAGCAUUAACUCAUUAUCAUUAUCAUUAACUUCGAGUUGUGUGGCUGUGCCUGAUGUUUGGUGUGGUCCUGGGAUGGGGUUAACCACUGAUGCUGCCUCUGUUGAUUGUGUUGUUUCAAGAAGGCCUCUUUCUGGGAGGGGAAAAGUUGAUGGUGAAAAGAUGAGCCACAGAGAGCGCCCUUCAUAUUCUGCAAGGAGAAUGGUAACCCAGGAGGACAUCCCUUUUCUUGAUUCUGAUGCUUCCUUCUCUGUGCCUCGCUCCCGUAUAGAUUCAUUUGGAUCCCGGCAUCAUCGCCAUACUCGACAUGGUUUCCCUGAAGGUCUCGCUGAGAUUGUUAUGCUACAAAAUAAUCUUAUGAUGGGAGGAAGAUACGAUGGUCAUGAUCGAUACAGGGACUGGAGACUUGAUGUUGAUCACAUGUCAUACGAGGUGAGACGGUUUCUGAUGAUCUCUUUUUCAAAUUUCGGUCUAUUCACUUCGUGCAGGCGUUGUAGUUAGGCUUUGUUCUUGUGGUGCAAACAGGAACUGUUGGAACUUGGUGAAAGAAUCGGGUAUGUGAAUACUGGAUUGAAGGAAGAUGAGAUUAGUAAAUCUGUGAGAAAAGCCAAGGUCUCUGUUGCAGAUGAUCUGCGUUUGAGAAUUCAUACCGAGUUGGAACGGAAGUGCAGCAUUUGCCAGGUUAAGAUUAAACCAUUUUCGUGCUGUUGUCCCUCUAAUUCCGAAGUUUCAUCCAUUUCCAUGCCUUAUAGACUUUAAAGUGUUCCUAUUGUUCUUAUAUAGGAGGAAUACGAAGCUGAUGAUGAGAUGGGAAAGCUCAACUGUGAUCAUCUCUUCCAUCUUGAGUGCAUAAAGCAGUGGCUGGCACAGAAAAACGCAUGCCCUAUGUGUAAAACAGAAGUGGUGAAAAAUAGGUAGACCAGAUUGCAGACUGUUAUUGGUACCUUUGCUUAAUGAAUCUCUGAUGUAUAGAUUUCAUCCUGUUUAAAAGGCAAAGUAUUUUUGAGAUGGUAUCUCCAAUGGCCCCCCAUUCUAUAUGGCUCAGGCUCAGAAGAAUCAUGAGCCCUUGCCCUUAUCAAGCAAACCUGCAUCUUGAUGUAAGAUUAUUUGUAGUUAUAUAAAAGUUUGAAGGGAAUGAUGGAGCUUUCAACAGUUGUGAUAGCUUUAUCCUUUUCUUCAGAAAGUACACUUCUUCCAGAAUCAAUGCACUCUGUGUAGAUUGGUUGAUGAUGCCAUUAUACACAAAAGUUAUUGAAUUGUGAAAGACUGGUUCUUGCAUUCCAAUUUGGAUGGGGUCUUUUCCUUCAUUGUUGAUUGUCUCUAUCCUUGACCACCAUCCCUUCCCUCCACUAUAACUAAGAGGACAAAUCAAUUUGGGACGGAGAGAGUAAUCAUUUGACUUAAUUUAAUGAAUGUAAGGUGCCAUAGAAAAAGUUUAGACAGUUAAAAUGAUGAUAGUAGAUGCUUUUAAGGUGGGUGUUUGGCUAAAAAAAAAAAAUGGAGGUGAAGAAUGUAAAGAAGUGGGGAAUUUUAAGGGGGUGUUUGUUAGAUUCUUUUAAGAUCCAAUUAUUCACUCGGCCUUGGCAAAUUAUUGUAUAUACAGUUUUUGUAUUCUUGUUCGUGUAUAAACUCAUUUGGAUAUUUUCCAAAUUAUAAAUUUCCAUACCGAUAUUAUGGAACAAUUGAAUGUAUUAUUUUGAAAGUCCCAUGGUCCUAAAAUUAUACAGUUUAAAUUUUUUACCAUUUUAAAUUGUAUAAAAAUAAAAAAUUAAAGUAGACAACAGUUUCGGGACGGACUAUGAGCCGUAGUAUUAUGUAUUGAGUUUAUGUAAAUUGUAUAAAAAUAAAAAAUUAAAGUAGACAACAGUUUCGGGACGGACUAUGAGCCGUAGUAUUAUGUAUUUAUUGAGUUUAUGUUCGUGUAUUGAAGCUGGUGAAUGUUUACAAUGAAUGAAUGUGAACCCCCAAAAAUGUAAUUUUCUGUCAGUUUUCAACAUUUACUCCAAAUCUUACCGCUAUUAAGAUAAUUUUC